GAGCUCUCUCUCCCUCGCUCCCUCCCGCGCGCGAGCUCGCACCGCGCUAUUUUUAAUCCACCUCUUCUUCCACAAACCGGAGGUAUCUUAAGCUCCAAUCCACUGCAGCUCUCUCUCUCUCUCUCUCCUUGCUUCGAACCUACUUGAUCGCUGCCUCGCCUCCCCGCCCUCCUCCUCUUCCCGUACGUGUGGCUGUGCAGUUCUUGGCACGCUUCGCCAUAUAUACCCCGGCCGCUCUCGGCAGAUAGAGAUGCAUAGGCAGCAACGAGCGAACCGUCACGCAUACCGACGGACUAGGUAGCUGCCGCUGCGCCUAUCGAGAUCGUUGUUCGUUCGUUCUCGGCCGGCCGCGCGUGUCGGGCGGAGGCGAACCCGGGGGAAUGGGACGGCACGCGGCCACCGGCGGCGGCGUCCUGCACAAGCUGCGCAAGGGGCUGUGGUCACCCGAGGAAGACGAGAAGCUUUACAAUCACAUCAUCCGUUACGGCGUAGGGUGCUGGAGCUCCGUGCCCAAGCUCGCAGGGUUGCAGAGGUGCGGCAAGAGCUGCCGGCUGCGGUGGAUCAACUACCUGCGCCCCGACUUGAAGCGGGGCAGCUUCUCGCAGCAGGAGGAGGACGCGAUCGUCGGCCUGCAUGAGAUCCUGGGGAACAGGUGGUCGCAGAUCGCGUCGCACUUGCCGGGCCGGACGGACAACGAGAUCAAGAACUUCUGGAACAGCUGCCUCAAGAAGAAGCUGCGGCAGCGCGGCAUCGACCCCAGCACCCACAAGCCCAUCUCGGCCUCCGCUGCGGCAUUGGAGCCGGCGUCGCAAAACCAGAAGCCGCCGGCCGCCGACGGCGGUUUCGCCUUGAAGCAACAGCACCAGGUGUUCGAACCAUUCCCGCUGACCGACAGCUUCGGCGGCGGCUUCGACGCGUCUGGCGUGGCAUUGUACGGGCACCUCGGCGGCGGCAAGGACGCGGCCGGGUUCGUGGACUACAGCAACGUGCUGGACGUGUCGGAGAACCUGGGCUACGGCGAGAGCUCCAGCAAUAGCAGCAACUGGAACUGCGCGCCGGAGGUAAACAAUACGCUCGACGGCGAGGCGCUGCAUUGGGCCUCCGAGAGCAAGGUCUCGCCUUUCACUAGCUACGGCGACGAGGGGGAGGCGCUGGAGCACAAGUUCGUGCUGCCCUGCCACGGGCAGCAAGAACAGAGCAUGCCGCAUUUCGACUUCGACAUCAGCCGCGGCGAAUUCAACCUCGAGUUCUUUUGAGCCUUUUGUGAAUUGUAGCAACUAUCGUACAUACUGUUCGAUAUUAAAAGGCAUUUUACACAAGGGGACAAAGACGUACCAAUUGGGAGCUUAGAGACUGUACUUUGUUAAUUUUCUCUAGUCGUCGUUUCUCCUUAACACUUCCUUUGUUUUUUAUGUUUUUCUAUAUGAGUAGAAUAAAGGCAUACAUGCAUGUAUAGAAAUGUAAACACAAUGUAGUUGCUAUUAAGGUUUUGUAAGAAUAAGUUCCUUACUGUCUGUAUUUCUCUGUGUAUUGCUCCUCUGAAGAAGAAACAGAAAUUCAAAAUCAGAA